AAUAAUUAUGACAUGGUUAUGACACGCCAUUGACACCCGCGUCGCUUUGAAAUAAAUGACAAGGCGGAACUCUGACAAUUCAAAUAUUAUUUGAUAAUCCGUUGUCCACAAUUUCUAAUCAAUCCAUUUCUCAAACUCAAGACUGGGGGAACAAAUACCAUAUAAGGUAGAAUAAGGGCAGUAUGGAGACGUUAAUGAGUCCAAUAGGCCCCGACAAGAGCCCGGUCUCUGAGAUGGUAGCGGAGUACAUGAUGGCGGCCUCAGCGCCACUGAUACCAGCCAAGGUAUCAUCAGAAGUGCGGGUGAAACAACAAGUGUCGGCUCCGAGUUACUUCGCGUCGCUGAGUGAGAAUGCUGCACCGCCAUUCCGAACCCCGGGCAAGAAGACUCAACCGAGGAUUCUUAUAGGCAGCAUCAUGAGCGAGCGAGAAGCUGUAGAAAUGGUUGCGGCGGCCGGCGCCGGUGACGUCCCACUCGGACUUUGGCGGUAUAUCUACAACUUUGUUGUGGAGAAAAAUAUAACAGAAAACUAUAAUCUCUCCGAGCGUCAUUUCCUUGCGAGUCUUGUAACUGAGGUGACAGAUUACGCAGCACAACGCGACUUCAGCGCGUUCAAACUGGCACUGCUCAUCACGCUGUACCUCGACACGCAUAAGUUCUUCAAGUGGUACUACUGGCUGACUCCGCGAGAACUGUGGGAGUACUUCGUGGAGAAUCUCAUACGGCACACUAUUGAGGACUCCCCGGACGGGCAAGAAGUCUUCGAACCCGAUGAAAGCUAUGACAUCCUGACGCAUUUCCACACAGCAUACGUCAGCAACCUGCCACUAGUUCAUAUAGCCACCUUCGGCGCGACGCGGCUUAGGCUCAGCUGGCCUUUCAAAGCCAAGUAAACUUGACGCUACACGCCGAGUGGCCCGGUAGCCGAAUGGCAUUUCUGCGAUGCGAAACUACGUAAUCUGGCUCUGUCGCGACAAUACGCAAGAGCGAUAAGACGAAAGAGAUAUAAUCGUAGGCGUUUGUGCAUUCGGCUACGCCCACUGAGCAACCACA